UUCACUGGAAUUUACACGUUUGAGUCACUCAUAAAAAUCAUUGCAAGGGGCUUUUGCUUAGAAGAUUUUACUUUUCUUCGAGAUCCAUGGAACUGGCUUGAUUUCACUGUCAUUACUUUUGCAUAUGUGACAGAGUUUGUGGACCUGGGCAAUGUCUCAGCGUUGAGAACAUUCAGAGUUCUCCGAGCUUUGAAAACAAUAUCAGUCAUUCCAGGCUUGAAGACUAUCGUGGGGGCCCUAAUUCAAUCUGUGAAGAAGCUCUCGGACGUUAUGAUCCUGACUGUGUUUUGUCUGAGUGUAUUUGCACUAAUAGGGCUGCAGCUGUUCAUGGGCAACUUGAGGAAUAAAUGCCUGCAGUGGCCUCCAGACAAUUUUACUCUAGAAACAAAUAUUACUUCCCAACUUAACAGCACCAUAGGUGAAAAUGGUACAUUGAUUAAUUCAACAGUGACUCCAUUUGACUGGAAGGGGUACAUUGAAGAUGAAAGUCAUUUUUAUUUUCUGGAAGGGCAAGCUGAUGCUCUGCUUUGUGGAAAUAGUUCUGAUGCUGGGCAGUGCCCAGAAGGAUAUACGUGCGUAAAAGCUGGUAGAAACCCCAAUUAUGGCUACACAAGUUUUGACACCUUCAGCUGGGCUUUCUUGUCACUAUUUCGCUUGAUGACUCAAGACUUCUGGGAAAACCUCUAUCAAUUGACACUGCGUGCUGCUGGGAAAACAUACAUGAUAUUUUUUGUUUUGGUGAUUUUUCUGGGCUCUUUCUACCUGAUCAACUUGAUCCUGGCUGUGGUGGCCAUGGCCUAUGAAGAACAGAAUCAAGCAACCAUGGAAGAAGCAGAACAGAAAGAGGCAGAAUUUCAACAGAUGCUGGAACAACUGAAGAAGCAACAAGAAGCAGCUCAGGCGGCAGCGGUGGCAGCAGCAGCAGUAACAGCAUCUGCAGAGUCCAGGGAGCCCAGUGCUGGGGGAGAAGCAGGGGGCGUCUCAGAAAGUUCCUCAGAGGCAUCAAAAUUGAGCUCAAAGAGUGCAAAAGAGAGGAGAAAUAGAAGGAAAAAAAGAAAACAGAAAGAACAGUCUGGAGGAGAGGAAAAAGAUGAAGAUGAAUUUCACAAGUCUGAAUCAGAAGACAGCAUCAGAAGGAAAGGUUUCCGAUUAUCUAUUGAAGGCAAUAGACUGACAUACGAAAAGAAGUAUUCUUCUCCACAUCAGUCUUUGCUGAGCAUUCGCGGCUCCCUGUUUUCGCCAAGGCGCAACAGCAGAACAAGUCUUUUCAGCUUCAGAGGUCGAGCAAAGGAUGUAGGAUCAGAAAAUGACUUUGCUGAUGAUGAGCACAGCACUUUUGAAGACAAUGAUAGCAGAAGAGAUUCUCUCUUUGUGCCGCGCAGACACGGUGAACGGCGCAACAGUAACAUUAGUCAGGCCAGUAGGUCAUCCAGGAUGCUGGCGGUGUUUCCAGUGAAUGGGAAGAUGCACAGCACCGUGGAUUGCAAUGGGGUGGUUUCCCUGGUUGGUGGACCAUCUGUUCCUACAUCGCCUGUUGGACAGCUUCUGCCAGAGGUGAUAAUAGAUAAACCAGCUACUGAUGACAAUGGCACUGCUACAGAAACAGAAAUGAGGAAGAGAUUAUCAAGCUCUUUCCACGUUUCUAUGGACUUCCUGGAAGAUCCAGCUUUAAGGGAAAGAGCCAUGAGUAUUGCUAGCAUCCUCACAAACACUGUGGAAGAACUCGAAGAAUCAAGACAGAAAUGCCCACCGUGUUGGUAUAAAUUUGCAAAUAUUUUCUUGAUCUGGGACUGCAGUCCACAUUGGUUAAAAGUAAAACAUAUCGUCAACUUAGUGGUAAUGGACCCAUUUGUUGACCUGGCUAUUACAAUUUGCAUUGUUUUAAAUACACUGUUUAUGGCUAUGGAGCAUUAUCCAAUGACCGAUGAAUUCAAUAAUGUACUUGCAGUUGGAAAUCUGGUCUUCACUGGAAUCUUCACAGCAGAAAUGUUUCUCAAGAUAAUUGCGAUGGAUCCUUACUAUUAUUUCCAGGAAGGCUGGAAUAUUUUUGAUGGGUUUAUUGUAACCCUUAGCUUGGUUGAGCUUGGUCUUGCAGAUGUGGAAGGACUCUCAGUUCUUCGAUCAUUCAGAUUGUUACGAGUUUUCAAAUUAGCAAAAUCUUGGCCAACACUAAAUAUGCUGAUAAAAAUUAUUGGUAACUCUGUGGGAGCUCUGGGUAAUCUAACCCUGGUACUGGCCAUCAUUGUCUUCAUUUUCGCUGUGGUUGGGAUGCAGCUGUUUGGGAAAAACUACAAGGAAUGCGUCUGCAAAAUCGCAAGUGACUGUGAACUUCCACGCUGGCACAUGCAAGAUUUUUUUCACUCUUUUUUGAUUGUAUUUCGAGUGUUGUGUGGAGAAUGGAUAGAAACAAUGUGGGACUGCAUGGAGGUUGCUGGCCAAGCCAUGUGCCUUACGGUCUUCAUGAUGGUCAUGGUGAUUGGAAACCUAGUGGUACUGAACCUAUUUUUGGCCUUGCUUUUGAGCUCAUUUAGUGCAGACAACCUUGCCGUGACAGAUGAUGACAAUGAAAUGAAUAAUCUCCAAAUUGCUGUAGCAAGAAUGCAGAAGGGCAUAGAUUAUGUGAAAAGGAAAGCACGGGAGUUCAUCCAAAAAGCUUUUGUUAAAAAACAAAAAGCUUUAGAUGAAAUCAAACCGCUUGAAGACCUGAACAACAAAAAUAGCUGUAUUUCUAACCAUACAACCGUGGAACUAAGCAAGGACCAUGACUAUAUUAAAGAUGCGAAUGGAACAACUAGUGGCAUAGGAACAGGUAGCAGUGUGGAAAAAUACAUAAUUGACGAAAGUGAUUACAUGUCAUUCAUAAACAAUCCAAGCCUCACUGUGACAGUGCCCAUUGCUGUGGGUGAAUCCGACUUUGAAAAUCUAAACACAGAGGAAUUUAGUAGUGAAUCAGACCUGGAAGAAAGCAAAGAGAAGUUAGAUUUGUCUAGUUCAUCCGAAGGCAGCACAGUCGAUAUUGGACUUCCUGCAGAAGAGCAACCAGAGGCUGAACCUGAAGAAGCCCAGGAGCCAGAAGCCUGCUUCACAGAAGGCUGUGUACGAAGGUUCAAGUGCUGCCAAGUAAGCAUAGAAGAAGGGAGAGGAAAGCAGUGGUGGAACCUUAGAAAAACCUGCUUCAAGAUUGUCGAACACAACUGGUUUGAGACUUUCAUUGUCUUUAUGAUUCUCCUCAGUAGUGGAGCUCUGGCUUUUGAAGACAUCUAUAUUGAACAGCGUAAAACUAUCAAGACCAUGCUGGAAUAUGCUGACAAGGUCUUCACUUAUAUCUUCAUUCUGGAAAUGCUGCUAAAAUGGGUGGCCUAUGGCUAUCAAACAUACUUUACUAAUGCCUGGUGCUGGCUGGACUUCCUGAUUGUUGAUGUCUCUUUGGUUAGCUUAACAGCAAAUGCAUUGGGUUACUCUGAACUUGGUGCCAUUAAGUCCCUUAGGACACUAAGAGCUUUGAGACCACUAAGAGCUUUGUCACGAUUUGAAGGCAUGAGGGUGGUUGUGAAUGCCCUUUUAGGAGCAAUUCCAUCCAUCAUGAACGUGCUUCUCGUUUGUCUUAUAUUCUGGCUAAUUUUCAGCAUCAUGGGAGUAAAUCUGUUUGCUGGGAAGUUCUACUACUGUGUUAACACCACAACUGAUGAAAGGUUUGAAGUCGAACAAAUCAACAAUUUUAGUCAGUGCGAGGAACUCAUAAAAAACAAUCAAAGUGCCCGGUGGAAAAACGUGAAAGUAAACUUUGAUAAUGUAGGAUUUGGGUAUCUUUCUUUACUUCAAGUAGCUACAUUUAAAGGCUGGAUGGAUAUUAUGUAUGCAGCUAUUGACUCAAGAGAGGUAUUACAGCAACCCAAGUAUGAAGACAAUCUGUACAUGUAUUUGUAUUUUGUCAUCUUUAUCAUUUUUGGGUCUUUUUUCACCCUGAACCUGUUCAUUGGUGUAAUUAUUGAUAACUUCAAUCAACAAAAAAAGAAGUUUGGAGGUCAAGACAUAUUUAUGACAGAAGAGCAGAAGAAAUACUACAAUGCAAUGAAAAAGCUGGGAUCAAAAAAACCACAAAAACCUAUACCAAGACCAGGGAACAAAUUCCAAGGCAUGGUCUUUGAUUUUGUGACACAGCAAGUAUUUGACAUCAGCAUCAUGAUUCUUAUUUGUCUUAACAUGGUUACCAUGAUGGUAGAAACUGAUGAUCAGAGUAAAGAAAUGGAAACUAUUUUAUACUGGAUAAACCUGGUGUUCAUUGUCCUUUUCACUGGAGAAUGUGUCCUGAAAUUAAUUUCACUUCGGCAUUACUAUUUCACUAUAGGCUGGAAUAUUUUUGAUUUUGUGGUUGUCAUUCUCUCAAUAGUAGGUAUGUUUUUAGCCGAGAUGAUUGAGAAAUAUUUUGUAUCCCCCACACUGUUCAGAGUCAUCCGACUUGCCAGAAUCGGCCGAAUCCUGCGCCUCAUUAAAGGCGCUAAGGGAAUCCGCACUCUGCUUUUUGCUCUGAUGAUGUCUCUUCCCGCUUUGUUCAACAUCGGCCUGUUGCUGUUCCUGGUCAUGUUUAUCUAUGCGAUAUUUGGCAUCCCCAACUUCGCCUAUGUUAAGAGGAAAGCCGGUAUAGAUGACAUGUUCAACUUUGAAACGUUUGGCAACAGCAUGAUCUGCCUGUUUCAGAUUACCACGUCUGCUGGCUGGGAUGGUUUGCUCGCCCCAAUUCUUAACAGUGGGGAGCCAGACUGUGACCCUAACAAAGCUCAUCCAGGGAGUUCUGUGAAAGGUGACUGUGGCAACCCUUCCGUUGGGAUUUUCUUCUUUGUCAGCUACAUUAUCAUAUCAUUUCUGGUAGUGGUGAACAUGUACAUCGCUGUGAUUCUGGAGAACUUUGGUGUUGCUACUGAAGAAAGCGCUGAACCCUUGAGCGAGGAUGACUUUGAGAUGUUCUAUGAAGUCUGGGAGAAGUUUGAUCCCGAUGCAACACAAUUCAUGGAAUUUGAGAAAUUGUCUGAUUUUGCAGCAGCACUUGAGCCUCCUCUUCAUCUACCCAAACCAAACAAAGUCCAGCUUAUUGCAAUGGAUCUGCCCAUGGUAAGUGGUGACAGAAUUCACUGCCUUGACAUCUUGUUUGCUUUCACAAAGCGUGUUUUGGGGGAAAGUGGGGAGAUGGAUGCCCUCAGAAUACAGAUGGAAGAUCGGUUUAUGGCAUCCAAUCCUUCAAAAGCUUCCUAUGAACCAAUUACAACCACAUUAAAAAGAAAACAGGAAGAAGUAUCUGCUGUCAUUAUUCAACGGGCUUAUAGACGUCACCUUUUAAAACGAACAGUAAAACAAGCUUCCUUUAUCUAUAACAAAAACAAAACUGAAGGAGGGGCUGGUCAGGGUAUGAAAGAUGAAAUCCUUAUUGACAAGUUAAAUGAAAACUCAUUUACAGAGAAAACCGAUAUAACCGCAUCAACAGCAGUUUGUCCCCCUUCUUAUGAUCGUGUAACAAGGUCAGUCAAAGAAAAGCAUGAAAAGGAAGAUAAAGAUGUUCAGAAAUAAAAGCAAAUAGCAAGCAAAAUCAUCUAUGUGCAAAAUAGUUCAUAGCCUGUAAGGUCAUGUGUUUGUGUCACCAGGACUCCUGUUGGAGGUCUAUGCCAAACUGACAAUUUUUACAAACAUACUGUACAUUAAAGGUCAGUGCCUAUUAAAAGACAGUGACCCCUCGUCAGUGACUGUGACUGUGAUAGGAGGAAACAACCUUGACAGGAGGUUACUGUUCUCACUACCAGCUGACACUGCUGAAGAGGAGAGAAAAAAUGGCUACUCAGACUGUAGGGACCAGGUAAAGGGGUGCAAACCAAUUGUGUGUUUAGCAUAAAACAAUGCGGUAACUGUAUCCACUGUUUGCAUUUCAACUGCCACGUAUAUCAUAUUUUUACAAAAUCUGUGUUGGUGGAUUCAUCUUAUUUUUAUUCAUAUGUUGUUUAUUAUAUGUGACUAUUUUUGUAAAUGGGGCUUCCAUUGGGGAAGGGGAUGAAGUACACCUUCACAGGUACAAGGGCCAGGUGUUCUAUUAUACGACUAAUAUACACACAGAAAUGAUUUGCAUGAAGGCAUGCUGCACUUAUAGACCAUGCAUGAAAAUAACAUUAAGUCACAAAGAACAACAGAUUUUUUUUAGCACAGUGUUUCUGGAAAGGAAUAACAGGUUUUGAGGUGCUCAAUUAACGUAUUCAUGUUGUAUCACAUCCAAACAAGUCUUGGUAUACCUGUAAAGUCCCCUAUAACUCACAAGAACAGUAGAA